AUGAACGACGCUGAGCCAUCACUCAUUCUGGCCAGACACGAGUAUGCAUACGGGCCAUCUCAUCACAAUCAUUUAAACUUGCACCAAAAACUACGCAAACGACAAACAGCAAUUGAAACGGUUACGGCUGAGGCAUCCGCCAUAACAGAAGUUAUCCAAACAAUAUCGGUCGUCCAACAGGUGGAUGUCAAUAGCGAUGGAUCGACUUUCACGGUCCAGACCCUUCCAGCGAGUGAUUACUCGUCUCUGAAUAUACAGUCUGCAACAACAACACCUGCGACCUCUUCAAGUACGGAUAUCACUUCUGCGGUUUCUACAAAUCUCGGGGCUCAAGCUACAUCGUCUGGCCAAAUCAUACUAUCAAUACCGUUGAGCACUGAUGUGACUUCGACUUCCACUCCUUCCACUCCUUCCACUAGCUCUUCUACGCUCAUUCCUAAUUCUAAUUCAACUACAUUAAUUUCAAGCUCAACCCCGAGCUCGACUCCCGUCUCGGUGUCGGUCUCCAUUUCCGGCUCGGUUUCAAGCUCCACAACAUUGUUUUCCAAUGCGACCACUUCCUCUUCAGUCUCUAGUUCAUCAUCCACAACUAAUACUACCACACUUACUUUUGCUGACUCAACUUCGACGUCCUCAUUCGAAACUUUUGCUUCGACGAUAACAUCGUCCUUUUCGUCAUCACCUUCAUUUCUUUCUUCGGCUACGUCUACAUCUUUCGUCUCAAGUUCAACUUCGUUCUCGUCAUCCUCCUCACCAUCUCAAACAGAGUCGACUACUAGCAGUAUCAUCUAUGUCGGUGGAGGUACCAGCACUAGUUCGGUAUCCGGAGGCAGUACUGCCAUUGCUGGGAGCGGCGCGAGUGGCAAUGGAACGGAUGACAGUGUGUCACCAACGACGUCCAAAAUAGUGGGCGGCGUAGUUGGUGGAAUAGCUGGGGUUGCCGCAAUACUCUUUCUUCUAAUGUUUGUUUUGAGAUGGAAGAAGAAGAAAGGUGGGAUGUUAUCACUUGGAAGUGUUCCUCCUUCGACGAUGACCGGUGGUGGAGGGGUCGGCGGGAAUGAUGGUAGCGAUCCUGCAACUCUAUCCCGAGAUCUCUCUAACCAAGCUCCUCGUAGCAUGACGGAGCGCAGAUCACUCGCUAUGGCCGUCCCUGCAGCGCUGGCCAACCUGACGAAGUAUAACCGAUCAUCUCAAAACACAGCAACUAAUACAAUUUCCUCGGCCGGCAGUGAGAAAGGAUUUUAUAGGGUAUCUGGUAAGAAGCUUCCCUCUGUUUUGCAACAUGGAGGCGAUGGUUAUGGUGAACCAAUCUCCAAUACAAUGAGCGGAUCAUCGUUCUACCCAUCUGGGGUACCAGCUAUCCCUAACCCGAAUACUUUGAGUGGCACCUCAUUCUACCGAGAUUCUCAGGGAUUCUUUGGAGGACAACCAAGCCCACCUCUCGAACCUUCAAACAGAGACUCUGGAGUCCCGGUCAUGAGGCCAGGCCCGGCAAGAACUGCAGUUACAGAAAAUGGCCCCUUUACAGAACCACCCGGACCUAUACCGCCGAGACCAGACGUUCUAGGUCGUUCUCAUCCCUCACAGGAUGGUUCACACGCCUCAAGAUUUACAGAAGAAGUCUGA